AUGGCCCCACAGCUGAAAGACGAGCUCGACAUUGUGAUCCCGACUAUCCGCAACCUCGACUUCCUCGAGAUGUGGCGGCCCUUUUUCGAACCCUACCAUUUGAUCAUCGUCCAAGACGGUGACCCGAACAAGACCAUCAAGGUUCCCGAUGGCUUUGAUUACGAGCUCUACAACCGUAAUGACAUCAACCGGAUCCUCGGCCCCAAGGCCUCGUGCAUCUCCUUCAAGGACUCUGCGUGCCGGUGCUUCGGCUACAUGGUCUCCAAGAAGAAGUACAUCUUCACCAUAGACGACGACUGCUUCGUCGCCAAGGACCCGACGGGCAAGCAGAUCAACGCGUUGGAGCAGCACAUCAAGAACCUGCUCUGCCCAUCGACCCCACUUUUCUUCAACACGCUCUACGAACCUUUUCGAGAGGGAGCCGAUUUUGUGCGAGGCUACCCUUUUAGCCUCAGGGAGGGUGUGCCCACAGCUGUGUCGCACGGCCUAUGGCUCAACAUUCCCGACUAUGAUGCCCCGACCCAACUUGUCAAGCCACUCGAACGAAACACUAGGUAUGUCGAUGCGGUGUUGACGAUUCCGAAAGGCACGUUGUUCCCAAUGUGCGGCAUGAACCUGGCGUUCGACCGAGAUCUCAUAGGCCCGGCUAUGUAUUUCGGGCUUAUGGGCGAUGGGCAACCGAUAGGGCGUUACGAUGAUAUGUGGGCCGGUUGGUGUGUCAAGGUGAUAUGUGAUCAUCUAAGGCUAGGUGUGAAAACGGGCUUGCCGUACAUCUGGCACAGCAAGGCAAGCAACCCAUUUGUGAACCUGAGGAAAGAGUAUAACGGCAUAUUCUGGCAGGAGGAGAUAAUCCCCUUCUUCCAGAAUGCCGUACUCUCCAAGGACUCGACCACCGUGCAAAAGUGCUAUAUCGAGCUUUCCAAGCAGGUUCGGGAGAAGCUCGGGAAAAUCGACGAGUAUUUUGUCAAGCUGGCGGAUGCCAUGGAGACAUGGAUUCAGGCAUGGGACGAGCUCAACCCAGCUAGCAAAAAGAGUUAG